CCGGAAAUGUAGUAGCGGUGCAGAAUCAAAACACAUCAAAUUUGACAGCUCGGCGAAUCAUUUUGCUAAAAUGCAAUGGGACAUGGAGGCGACGCUGUCAGAAACGAGCUACGUCGUUCGUACAACAUCGCCGGAGACCGGAGCGACGUUUCGUCGGACUGUCGCGGGAUGUUAACGCGAGGAAAAAGUCCAGUUUGUCCCGCAUCCGCCACCGCUUUCCUCCGGUUAGCUUCCCCGGCUAACGACGGUUGCUCGUGUCCAUAUAUAGAGCGAACGCGGAGCUCCAUCACCGUGAGAUGUAAACAAACAGCCGAACGAUAUGUUCUUAAAUCGUCGACACAAAUGACUUCACAUAUUUAAAUACAAUCGCGACUUUUGUGAUAACUGUCACAUGUUCUUUGACAGUUAAAAUAACUUAUGUAUUUUUGAAGCAUUUCUUUUUUUUUUGGUAAAUUCUAAUAUUCGCGUUAAUAUAGGGAUGCAGCGAACGGUUAUUUUGAUUACUUGAUUAAUGAAUGUGGUAUGUUUGUCCCAAACCAUAAAAUUAUUGUCGAUUACUAAUUGAUUAAUAAUCUCCCAAUUGUUGCAGCCCUACAUACUAAAGAGUAGUCAAUAUUUCAAUGCUUUUUCGUGGCAAUGCUACAUUAUUAUUAAAUAUAAAGUAAGACAAAUUAAAGUAAAAUUCAGCUUCUAUGUCAAACAUUAGAGACAUUAGUGUCAGGAGGAAAAAGCAGACAGACAGAAAUAAAAGUUAAAUACUCAAAGAGAAGAAGAAGAAGAAGCAAAAGACAGGGAAAAGAAGGGAUUAAUGAAACACGACAGAUGCAAACAUAAGCUCCAGGAUGUCGUCUGACCAGGUCAUCGCCAUCGUCAUGAACGACAAAACCUACGAGGUGAAUAAGAAGAAGCUCAUAGAGAAGAGCGACUACUUCCGUGCGCUGUACAGCUCUGGCAUGAGGGAGUCCACGGAGAACUCGGUGCAGCUGCAGGGACUCAGCGUCCCCGGUCUGGAGCUGGUCCUGGAGUUCAUCAACACAUCCAAGGUCCAGGUCGUCAACGAGACUCUGGAGGACCUGAUUGAGACCGCCUCCUUCCUGCAGGUCACCUCCAUCCUCAAGCUGCUGAGCUCCGAGAUCCGGCUGGACAACUGCGUGGAGCUGUACAGCCUCUCCGAGGUCUACGGCACUCACGAUCUCCGCACCGCGUGCCUCAAGUACAUGAGCUGCUACUAUCAUCCCAUGCUGAGGCGGCCCGAGUUCAGCAGCCUCCCCUCUGCCGUCCGAGACCAGGUCAGGGAGAUGCGUAUGAAGGGCACGGCCACCCUGGUGGCCAUCGGGGACUUCACCUGUCUGUCCAUGGACGUGCCCGAUCAGGACGAGCCCUGGUCCAUGCUGAGGUACGGCGAGGUGGAGCAGCGGUGGAAACCGCUCGCAAACAACCUGCCGCCGGACAUGAUCAACGUCAGAGGGUACGGCUCGGCCGUCCUCGACAACUACCUGUUCAUCGUGGGCGGUUACCGGAUGACGAGUCAGGAGAUCUCAGCCGUGCACUGCUACAACCCCAGUCGCAACGAGUGGAACCAGGUGGCGCCGCUCAACCAGAAACGGUCCAACUUCAAGCUGCUGGCAGUGCAAGGGAAGCUGUACGCUGUCGGGGGUCAGUCUCUGGGCACCGUGGAGUGUUACAGCCCGGAGCAGGACUGGUGGACCUGCGUGUCCUCGAUGCCUGAUCCACUGGCUGAGUUCUCUGCCUGUGAAUGCCAGGGAGUGAUCUACGUCAUGGGUGGAUACACUGCAAGAGACAGGAACACAAACGUUCUCCGCUACUGUCCCACCUCGGACACCUGGUCGGUUUUCCGCUCGUGCUCCGCGCACAUCCGGAAGCAGCAGAUGCUCUCGGUGGAGGACACCAUCUACCUGGUGGGCGGCUACACGCACGAGCUGGAGACGGGACACAGGCAGCGGCGUCCCAGCCAGACGGAGGACGUGCUGACGGUGCAGUCGUACAACGUCACCACGGGCGAGUGGAUCCAGCUGAAGGAGAACACGUCCAAGUCGGGCCUGAACCUGACGUGCACGCUGCACAACGACGGCAUCUACAUCAUGAGCAGGGACGUGAGCCUGCCCACCAGCCUGGAGCACCGCGUCUUUCUCAAGUACAACAUCUUCUCCGACGCCUGGGAGGCCUUCAGGCGGUUCCCGGCCCUGGGACAGAACAUGCUGCUGUGUUCGCUUUACCUCCCCAACACGCUAUGAUGGACACGGACGACGGGAAAGACAGUAAAGUGGCUCAGAACUGUGUCUGGUUGCCAGGUUGAACACCUCGUGACCAAUGUGCCUCAACAAAAGGAGAGAAACACAAAACACUACAUUGUACAGACCUGCUGUUGAUGCAAAUUUAAGCUUCAUUUUCAAGUAUGAAAGCGAUAAAGUGCAAUGGUUUGUGCCUUUCGUGUGCUAGCGCCUAAAUCGCAGUAUUAUUCAUCGGUUUCUCUGAAAAUAAUUACCAGGCAAAGUUUGGAAUAACCCACACGUGGCUGCUCUGAAGGUGUUUACUGAAUCCUUAAAGUGAAAGUUCAAGUUUCUAGAGCUGUGGAUGUAUGAGAUACUGACACAUACUGAACACUUAACAUGGCUGCCAGCAAGGAAUACCAGAUUUUAGCCACUUAACAGAAGGUUAACGUAAUAAAAUAUAUGCCAGAUUACGCCUGUUGUAUCUUAAAACUGUUUUUGUUCACUGUUAAAGGACCUUUUCCAAAAUCAGUGAUUUUAACACCAUGGAACACAGGAGUUGUUGAUCCACUGCUGCCUCCAUUAAUAAGUUAAUAAGUCAUUUUGUGACUUCAGUGUUAAAAAUCUUUUGUUCAAAUUAAUAAGUGACCCAAACUUAACUAAAUGAGGCCACAGCAGCUCCUGUGUUGCUUGGUGUGGGAGUGUGAGCUGUUUAAAAUCAUCAUAUUUUUUAGGAGGAAUAAGCAACAUGAAGCAUCGACCGUCUUCUAAAGAUGGUGUGGACUUAAUGCUUAAAGUAUAGCUGCCUGUCUUAUGCUGGUUCUUCAGGCACAGGGGGCGCUCACGACACUUCAAAUAACCCAAACUCUCCUUUCAAAUACUAGUUUUACCAUCUGGGUGAAAUAUAUUCAGCACAGUGGACGCUAACAAUGAUUUAACCCAAUUUAAUGACUCACUCCCUGUUCAGGUUGAGUCAUGUGUUCAUUUUCAUGCAGCGAUCAGAAGAAUAAGAGGUUUUUCCAAGCACCUGGUGAUCCAUUUUUCCAGAGAACCACACAUUUGCCACUGUGAUACGAACACACGACGAGCACAAACGGUGGAUUAUCCUGCAUAAGAGCAUGUUUUAACAUCUACGGGCCUCGCGGUUCUUCAAUGUUUACACCCGACGUACAUUUUUAAUCCAUAAUUCAAGACAGAUUUACAGUUUCCCGUCUCUGAAGUGCAGAUGAUCCUGACAAACGGCUUUGGUUUUACACUGCCACACGUUGAAUGGGGGAACAUGAAAUUUCCCUUUGUUUUCCAAACACUCGCACACUUUAUUUCCCAGAGAUACGCUAUGAGCAAAGCUUAAAGGGCAAUUCCAUGAAAGUGACGACGCACACGUGCCUUCCGCAAAAAAAAAAACCUCAGUUAACAAAAAAAGAAGAAAAAAAAAGCACAAAAUGCAAGACUUGUUACAUUGCCAGCAACUGACCAAAACUGACUUCUUUUUUUCUUUUUCGUUUUGAUUUAUCUGAUUAUUUUAGCUUCUCUCUGCUUUCAUCUGUCGGACUGGUCGUAGGUCAUGAUGAUGAUGAUGAUAAUAAUAAAGAUGAUGAUAAUCAGG